CAACACCCGACCACCCCAAGCAACAUCCCCGUUAGGCCACGCUCGUGAGUGGUGGUGGCCUGCGCUUCCCCCCCCCCCGACGUAACUCUGCUCCUCGUGCUGCUCCUUGCCACAAAACCCUGGCCAAACCCUCUUCCACCCCCCCCCCCCCCCUUUUUCUCAUCGUCGACGGAACGUUCAACUUCCCAGAAAGCCAAGCCAAGCCGCCCCCCCUACUAAACUACCUUACCCUCCCCCCUUCCCCCAGUCCCCCAGUGUCCCCACACGCGCGAACGAGUGCGUCGUCGAACGGGCCGUUAUUAGGUUGCUCGAUCCGUACUACGACACCACCCACCACCACCACUACCAGCGCCGCGCUGGCUCCAGCACCACCAGCAAGCACCAGCACACGCACCACCGCCGCCGACGCCGCCACAACCACCACUACCAACACCACCACCAACGAAGAAGGGCUUCUCUCCCGCUCACUCUUGUCCGGGAGACAGAUCCCUUUCCACUCCUCUACCUUUUUUUCUUUCGCACUGUCGCGUCCGUACAACGAAUCCUGCCAUCCCAUCCAUUCAUCCAUCCGAGCGCCGCCGUCGUCGUCCCUGCGCGAGCGUUUUGGUCCUUCGGUCCGCCGCCAGAGCUACCCGCCACCCCGCGUCUCGUCUCGGUCACACAGCAGUUCGUGUGGUUACGCUCGCGGGGCGCACUCCGUCCAUCGAUAGGUCUGCUCCUCCGCCGUUGCCGGACCUGCUGUUGCGCCCGCGGUGCGUUGCGUGUUUUUUUUUCUCCUUCUUCUCUCCGUGCGUCCGGCGAGCGCCGUAAGUUACAGCGCUGCUGCUUCUGCUGCUGCACCCCCGUGAGAGGGCAGAGACAGGGCAGAGGGCACAGAGAAAGAGAGAGCGAGAGAUCGAAGGACACAGACGCCGAAACCGGGGAAAGCCGAGCGUCCUCGGCACCCCGGCCGAUCGCUGCGACGUCAAUUCAUUCAAAGCUCGAGUACUUGAGGGAGGAGCCCGAGCGAGCGGACAGACAGACAGACAGACACCGCCUGGCCCAACGACUGAAACCUGCGAGCAGCAGCAGCAUCAGGUGCUUUUCCUCGGUUGACGGACGGGUCGAGCCUCGCCUCGCCUCGCCUCAGACAGUGGCCGCCCCCUUUCUCGUCGCAGACUGCCGACUCUCUCGCCCGCCCGCUGGUUGGCAUUUUUCAGCUUUAUCGCAUUUCAGCGUCCGCUGACGACGUCGCGGACAAUCACUCGCUCGCUCACUCACGCAGGCACGCAAGCACGCGCUCCCACUCGCCAGCGCUCGCCGCAUCCCUGCGCUGGACGGAGUCGAGGUCGACAGCGUCGCAGUUUCGGCGUCGAUCGCCACAGCGCGCCAACGAUCCAUCACCUUUUUAACCCAUCGGCCCCCCCCCCUCUCACCAGCCACCCCGUCGAGGACGGGAACCGAACAAGGUUCUGCGCACCGUCUUGCGCGCCCGUCACCGCCGACGCUGCUCGGUUCCUCGACCGAACCAACUCGCCCGCCCGGCGUGUGUUUCUGCUCUGUGGCCGCAACUGCUGCUGCUGCCGCCGCAUUCUCCCCCGUCCAUUGUCCAGGUAGGGACGCUGCGCUGUCGCCAGUGGAACCCUCUACCAAUCGCCUACCCCAAACGCUCCUACUCUAGCACCCGGGCCUUGUGUCGAGCCGCAAUUACCGCCCGGCAGAGCCAAGGAAAACGGGACAGUUCGUCGUACGACAAGCGCACAGGCGCCGUCGGCACAUCUCACACACUCUCACACACACACUCACACACCCUCAGAAACCACUAACUAGCAUUACUGGGGCCCAAAGGACAGACAGACGUCAGACCAAAAAAAAAAUAAAGAGGCAAGACUAGGGCCAUUGCGAGCGAUCCUCCGCGGCGGACCCCAGCAAUGUUUACACAGCCAGUGUCUUCGCCUCCCCCCGGCCCGCAGACUGCCUCGCCCGUCUCCCCAGGGCGGCCCAGCCGUCUGCGCGGCCUCAGCUACCUGCGCAACUACACGCACAACCACCUUUUGUCGCGUGACAGCAACUCCAACUCCAACUCCAACAACAGCUCACACGCCGCCCCCGCAGGCACAGGCACAGGCACGGGCACCCCCUCGCCGCCCACCCGCACCGGCAGUGCCCACGCUCACGCGCACGCGCACGGCGCAAGCCUCACCCGCUCCGUCAGCUACACGCCCUCGUCAACCACCACCACCACCCCCUCCGCACACGCCCACCCGACUGCGCCUGCCGCCGCCCAUAACCUCAACCGCCUGACCCUCGUCAGCUCCAACCCCGAUACCUCGUCGGCCCGCGCGAGAAUUUCCUCCGCCACAAAUCAUCCCGAGUCCAUCCCCGAGGCCACCGCCGUCGCCGCCCCCCCAGCGACCCCGCACGCCGCCGACGACCGCCAGCCCGCCAUGCCUCACAACGCGACUGCGACGACGACGACGACGACGACGACGGCAACCAUGACUGCGACGGGCGACGCUGCCGCCGCCGCGUCCGCCCCCAGCCCCGAAAACACCCCGUCGAUACGAUUCUCCGCGUACUACGACCCGCGCUCUACCCGUCCUUCGCUUUCCUUCCCGCCCAUCUCCAGGACCCUGCCCAACGGCUCAGAGAUUAUCCGCGUCGGCCGCUACUCGGAGCGCGAUGGUCAGGCCGCCAACAUGGCCGGCAACCAACCAUCGGCCGCCCCCGUCGGCUUCAAGAGCAAGGUCGUCAGCCGUCGCCACUGCGAGUUCUGGUGCGAGGACGGCAAGUGGUACAUUCGCGACGUCAAGAGCUCGUCGGGCACGUUCCUCAACCACAUCCGCCUCAGCCCGCCGUCACAGGAGAGCAAGGCAUACCCCGUCAACGACGGUGACAUUGUCCAGCUCGGCAUCGACUUCAAAGGCGGCGAGGAGAUGAUUUUCCGAUGCGUCAAGAUGCGCCUCGAGCUCAACCGAGGCUGGCAGAACAAGCUCAACACCUUCAACGUUGCUGCGCACAAGCGGCUGCGCACAAUGGCCACCAGCAACACCGCCGCGUCCGUGUCGAGCUCGAACUCGCAGGACUGCUCCAUCUGCCUCAACUCCAUUGCUCCCUGCCAGUCACUCUUCGUGGCACCCUGCUCGCACACAUGGCAUUUCAAGUGCGUGCGGUCACUUUUGUCGUCGCCGCAGUAUCCCAUCUUUGUCUGUCCAAAUUGCCGCGCCGGCGCCGACUUGGAGGCCGAUGUCGAGGAGCCAGACGAGGAGUGGCAGCAGCUCGAGGAUGGCGCCGAAGAAGAGGCAAAGCCCGAAGCGGCCAACGGGCAGCCUUCCGAGGCUACGCUGAAGGCCCCGCCCGUGCCGGCGGCCGAGCCAGAUGCCAUGGACACAACCAUGGACGUCACCGUCAACCCCAACGCGGCCGACAGUCCCAGCGGGAGGUCCAACUUGCCGCACGAGCCGACGGAACCCGUGCCCAUUCGCAACCCGGCGUCUGGAGCCGGGCGCGUGAACCAACUGCGCGAGACUCGGUCGCCGUCUCCGCAAACCAACGGAGAGGGGCCGAUCACGCCGAGGAACAACGCAGGGCCCUGGGUGUUUGACGGCGGCGCCGGGCGGCGGGUGGCGGAUCCGACGGCCGAGAUGACGAGUCUGGACGCCGCGACGGAGAUGGACCUCAGCGGGGGCGGCACGAGCGACGCCUCGAGCCACUGACGCGGGGCCACAAUCAUGACGAUAAAGAGGUGGGAAAUGCAAUCUUACAUGGUUCCAAGGGACGGCAUAGCGAGCAGACUGUAGAUACCAUAGAGCGGCGUUGGCUUUUGGCUUGGCGGGCCGGCGCGCGGGUGCACGGCGUUGAGGGGGCAUCAUCGUGCGGGGGCUGGCCAAACCAUCCAUCAUGGAGGCGAGCAUGCGAUCAUGACUCGGCGUCUUUGCCACAGCAUGGGGCGACAGUACCUAGGCAUUGGCCUCGCGUGGCCUUUUGUUUGUUUCGACAGGGUGUGGCACGCAUACAUAUAUAAUGAAAUCGGGGCUCAGUGAAAAGCUGAGUGUGGUCCAUGGCCGACUGCCUACCUGUAUUGCAGAGCAUACCUAGGUGUACAAGCAUUGUCGCAACAUGAGGUGAUUGUGGUGGUGGUGUUGCUGGCUCAUGUAGUUGGUGGUGUUUUGUGCGUGUGGGCUAUACGGAGUUGGAUGGCCUGGCGGUACGACAGUGGGAAAGUCCAUCAUCUUUCCGUGGCUGUCUGUACUCUGCACGCGGGAUUUACGAGUCUACCCAUCCAGUGAGUGAUAAAUGCAAUGCCUCGCUCUAUGGAU